ACACCAAAUGUCAUGUGUUCCAUUUUAAAUAUGCCAAAUCGAAGAAAUUUCGCGUAAAACUAUUACCGGUAUUUCAGAAGUGUUUGCUGAAAAAACAUGUACUCUUCCUUCUAUGGCAAAUGCUGUGGCGUACCCCACUUAGCUCUUUUUGAAAGUUUUCGCAAAGUAGAAAAUGAACAGCCUGCACCAGGAGGAGAGGCUGUGGCAAUGAUUUUAAUCAUCCCAACGAAAAUCUGGUUGAUAUUAGAUGGACAAAAACUAGAAGAAACUGAUAACAUAUGGGCCGCGACACAACUGCUCAUUUCGGCUUUAUUUAUAUUUUAUCGAAAAUACUCUUCGCAUACGGCAUGUACACGGGAAUUUUUGCAUAUAUGUAUUACAAAGUUAAAGAAAAGUGAUAGGUGAUAAGCCGCUGCAAUCGUUUCUCAAACAUUCCGAAGUAUUGAUAAUAUAAUCACUAAACUUCCGCCCAAAAUGUUGAAUAAUAUUCGUUUAUUUAUUCUGUUACUGUGUGUGUGUGUUACGAGGUUAACGGAAAGUAAUACGUAAUAAGCCGUUCCAAUCGUUUCUCAAACAUUCGGAAGUAUUAAUAAUUAUUGUAAAAGUAGUUUGAUUCAUGCGAAAUAUGAUUAGUCCGUGCUUCUUAUGGCUGUAUAAAAAUAAGGCAUUUAUUAUUCUGAAUAUAAAAACACAAUAAACUUUUUGGUUAAAAAAGUUCGUCUAUUUAAUACGGAUCGUCUUUUUUUGCAUAAAAAAACUUCGAUUG